CCUAGUUGAGAGAGAGAGAGAGAGUGUGUGUGUGUGUGAGAGAGAGAGAGAGAGAGAGAGGGUUUCUUUUUUCUCUCUGUAGAAGCCCAAAGAGGAGAGAAGAAGGAACGCCAGGAGGAACGCUCCGCCAUCCUCCAUUUCCGUCUCUCGAUCGGAUUCUGAUCGCAUUUUUGGAAAGUUGGAAAUCGAUUCGAUUCGAUUCGAUUGAUUUUUAUUUUUUCUGUUUUAUUUUGUUCUUCUUUCCUGUUUUUUGUUUAACCUUUAAUCUUGCUAUUUUUUGGGAUUACUUGGUCGGUCGCUGGAAUCGACCUGGGUGAUUUGGGGUCGGAUUUUGGAGAAUCAUUGCUCAGUGCUUUGAUCUUUGAAAAAGUGGUUUGAUUUGAGCGAGCAAUUGAAACCCCUAUCCAUUUUUGGGAAUUGAGAAAACCCUAAUUUUUGGAAUCGGCCGAGUGUCGUUGCGGGGGAGUUGGUCUGACGCUGUGCGCUUGAGCUGUUUGUAAGAAUCGUAAAGGCUUGUUGAUUGGGAGAGCAAUUGCCCGGAAAUUUUUUAUGGCUGCGGCGUCGAACUCGUCAACAUCCCCUGUUCAAGCUCAGAAUUCUCCACGGAGUCGCCAGACGCGGCGGCCUUUGGCUGCGCGUGGAAAUCCGCCCCCAUCCGAAAGCUUAUCUCCUCCUCCUCUUUCUUUAUCGGAAACUGCUGAUCCGGAGCAGUUUGUUACUUCUUCUUCUACUGCCUCUUUUGAAUCUUCCCAGUCCAAGGAAGCCGACACAGUGACGGCCGACUCUAGUUAUUUGGGCGAGGAUGGCUCUCCUGUCCCGGCCGGCGCAGAUGCUCUGGUGGACAACAAUGAUAAUAGCGGUGCAGCCAAGAGAGCUUGGAACAAGCCGUCCAAUGGCCCUACUGCGGAGGUGGGUGCAGUGAUGGGUGCAGAAUCUUGGCCUGCUCUCUCAGAAUCUGCUCGUGCUUCCCCCAAAUCAUCUCCUAUAUAUUCUGUCAAAGCUCCUUCCCAUGGACCAAUCACUGUUUCGCAGGAUGUGGCAGUAGGUUCUUUGUCGUCACCGAAAAAAGUUAAUGUUGGCAUAUCUAGCCCACAUUCAAGUUCAAAUCCGGCAACCCCUACUCGACAGAAGUCGAUGAAGCAGCGUGGUGGUAGCAGUUUAAGCCACAACACCAUUGCCGCGAAUGGUAGCUUAUCUCAAGCACCUACUGCAGGUGCUGUGGCCGAGGCGCCACCUUUGCAUACUGGAAAAUCUGGUGGUUCUGGGGGAGAGCCUGCAAGGGAUAGCAUCCAAAGGGAUGGUGGUUCGAAAGGUGGAUCUCAUGGCGGAAAUGAACAGCAGCAGCAGCAGCAUCGUGGAUCUUUUAGAAGGAAUAAUAGUGGGUCAUUUUCUCGAGGGGACAAUUCUUAUCAUCACAGCAAUGGUGGCAGACGUGAUCAGGAUCGUGGAAAGCAGGACUGGGGUGCUUCACAGAGAAAUUUUGGUGGCCGAGACGGUCAGGCAUCCCAUCAGAGGGGGGCUGGUUCAAGGCCCUUCUUACGUGGAUCAGCUCCAAAUGCACCUUUUAUUCCUCCUCUGGUACUGCCCUUUCCUACGAUGGUCUACACUGAAAUGCCAACACCUGUAUAUUAUGUCCCUGGGCCUCUUCCAGAUUCAGUUAGACCCAUGCCUAUGGUUCCAAUUUCACCAGUAUAUCUUCCCAUGCCCGAUCCCAACUUGGCUACCAAGAUAGUGAAUCAAAUAGAUUACUACUUUAGUAAUGAGAACUUGGUAAAAGACACGUUCUUGCGCCAGAACAUGGACAAUGAGGGAUGGGUUUCUAUUAAUUUAAUAGCAGGUUUCAAGAAAGUCAUGCAGCUGACGGAUAACAUCCAGAUUAUACUGGAUGCUAUUCAAGCUUCAAAUGUCGUGCAAGUACAGGGUGAUAAAGUGAGGCGCAGAAAUGAUUGGAUUAAAUGGAUAAUGCCACCGACUCAACCCGCACAUUUGAUUCAUGAACCUAGCCAGGAUGUCCUUGCAUCAAAAGUCGGCAGUAUUUCGCUCAAUGAAAAUGCAGCCACAUAGAGGCAUGCAUCUACGUCGUCUGGGCGAAAAUGACACCAUUGGCACAAUCUCUGAUUACUCUGCCUCUACACUGGAUUCUUCCAUAUGAAAAAGCUUUUCAAACUCUGCGCCCCCACCCUGCACCCUGCACCCCCAACUUUUGGGAUGUUUUCCUUUUGAGAAAAAUUGCAGAAAGACCUAGCAGCAGCUUGGGCUGAAUAUAUUAUCCCAACCGUAUAUGUUGGUUAUUAUUUAUUGGCAUGAUUUCCCUCGAGACAUUAGACUACCGAACUUCUUGUUGAAGAGGGAAGGAGAACAUAUAUAUAUAUAUAUAUUUAUAUGAUAUCGACAGAAUAAUAUGCAGGGUUGCUUUUUUUAUGACACUGAAGAUCAUGUGGAUUGAGCUUCUUCAGGUCUAUUUUUUCAUAUAUGAGGUGAUUAUGUCACUCUUGUUUCCUA